UAAAAUUUUCGUGUUCCCGUAGUUGACGUCACACUAAUCUCAUUCCCUCACAGUUUCCACCGAAAAAAACGUUAGUGUUUGCUGUCUUCCGUGUUCCCUACCCCCUGUUGCGGGGAUGCCACAAGGCCGGUGAAUUCGCAAGACCUCAAUCGUCGAGAGCUAGCAGCGUCGUCAGCACCGCAACAAAGAAAAAAUCACAUCGGUGAAUAAACAUUUCGCCAUUGGUCAGGGUGGGAGAGAAAAAAACAGUUGAAGGAACGCUUGCGUCUCGUUCGCAUUCCCCUCUCUCUAGACAAGAAUCUCCAUCUCUCCCUUCAUCAUCGGUUGUGCUUGUGUUUGUGGCCGUGUGUCGUGUCGAGGUGAAGAACUUGGCGACAUUGUUAUCGACCUAUUGCAACCGGAAUUUAUCGUCUGUUUGGAGGAAUAACAACAACACAAGUGGACGAAAAAAAAAUGGACGCCCUGCGAGAGCAGGUGAUGAUCAAUCAAUUCGUCCUGGCGGCGGGUUGUGCCAGGGAACAGGCAAAACAAUUGUUGCAGGCUGCACAUUGGCAAUUCGAGACGGCCCUGAGUAUAUUUUUUCAAGAAGCAGCGAUACCAUCCUGUCCGCAAGGACCUGGCACACACUUUGGUCAGAUCACACCUUGCAACACACCAGCUACACCUCCCAAUUUUCCGGACGCCCUGGUGGCUUUUUCGAAGAUGUCUGCUGGUGAAAAAACCCCAUCGGGUAUGUCACCGAGUCAAAAUGGCCAACAGGCCAUACCAACGAGUAUUCAGCACCACGGUGUGAGGUGUAGUGUCUCGGGUGGCACCCAGCAACAGACACAGAGUCAACAGCAAUUUGGAUUGGGCGAGGCACAGAGAUAAAACGGACUCAGCCGUAUUGGGUGUUUAGCAUUGUCAUAGAAUUCGCUGAUGAAACUAUGACACCUGUUGUGUCAACAAAAAAAAAACAAAUCAUCAAGAUAAUAGCUAAUGGAACGAAUGAAUCACGAACUUUAUUUAUCUCUUCUCCAAGUGAAUCUUGCGAACUUUUGGAGGAACUUUAUGCUCGAGAAGAAAAAAUGACGUUCUGUGGAUUACGAAAUAUUUUGGUUCAGUUCAAUGUUCAUUGAUUUUUUUCCGCCAGUUGUUGCAAAGCUGAACUUACCCUGAUUUCUUUUAUUUUAAAAUUACCAGGUAAUUAUCAACAUCAUGAAGUCAUUCAAUUUUCGGUUGAAUUUGAGUUGAAUUAAGGAUUUUGGAUGAUGAGGAGGAAAUGGAUGUUGCGUGGGUUUUUAACGAGGUCAAACAAUCGAUGAAAGAUUCAGAUUGAGCGUGUGGACAAGUUGAGAGUCUUAACCAAUUUGAAGAGAUGGUGACAAAAGAUAUGUAAAUCAUCUUUCCGAUCUUAUUUUAUUCUUUGCAAUCAGAUGUACCAUAACUUCGUCGUGUUUCUUCGUCAAUUGAAUCUGACGAUAUCAACGGCAGUGAUUGUGAUUUUUUUUUAUUCGUCAUGUAUGAUUUCUACCUUCAAUAUCAAUUACCACGGAUCUCAGCAUUGGACGGUAAUUAAUUGAAUUAAUUGGUUUAUUGAUAGUAGUAUGCCUCCACUGGGAACUAUCAUUAUUUCAAGAUGAUUAUCAGUAAAAUUUUUGUUACCAUUACGAAAUGAAAUUGUAUUGUCAAUGAAAUCAACUAUGAAGAUGUUGAAUAGUACUCCUAGCAAGACAAUGUACAAAUCAUGUAUCUGAUCUACAUUAUCUUUUCUUCUCAUCUCAGUGAAAAUAUUAGUAUUUUUCCUCCACGUAAUAUCCAGUGUAAAUACAAUUAUCGUGUUAUAUUACGGCAUACAUCGCAAUGUAUGCAACAAUUAUGAUUUUCAAUUAUUAUUUUAAUAUUUCGAAUGUACUCGAGGAAUAACCAACUGAUAAAUGCUCUCGGGUUGUCCCUUGGUCUUUGAUUGAAAUGAAAAAUUGAAAGAAAAAUCGUUAGACUACUUAUUCGACUAUAAUUAUGUUUACAAUUAUUAUUGUUUAUUUUACUAUUGAAAGAUAAUAUUCAUGUACAUAAUUAUAAGACAAGAAGAAUAAUGUUGUCUGAAAUAAAUAAUUAAUAAUGGUGCUUUCAUA